GGCUUUUUAGAGAUUGAUGAUGGUAUUCUUAUGCCAUCGAAACGGUUAUGUUUCACAUCUUAGCAUUGUUUCCAACUUUAUCCUUCGAUGAUGCCCAGGAGGAUUAAAUUCGUUUUUUGAUGUUUAUCGAUCGUUGACGAGAUUGCCGAAUGGCGUGUCGAUUAUUGAUGAGACAACGAAAUGAAUAGUAGUACUACGAAUGAAGACAUCAACCACAAAAAGGUGUCAUCUUCUUCUUGCUACACUUGCAUAUUUACAAUUUCAUAGCCCUGAAUUAGUCGGUGAACAAAUGACAUGGUGCGAUUCAAUAUAAUAUUUCUCACCUUCCUACCCGUUUCAUUUGUUAUUGCUACCACACACAAUGCGCUUUAUAUUGGGUACAAUUGCACAGGUAGCACAAAUUCCUCACUAGAUAGUAAUCGAGCCUCGCCCUCGUACCUGUACAACCUAUAUAAUCUCCUAGGAGCCUUCACUUUACAGGCCUCAAAAACCGCCUAUUACAACUCUUCCUUGGGCGAAACACCCAAUUGUGUGUACGCUUUCUUCAUCUGUCGAUUCGAUCAAGAUUCUCGAAGUUGCAGCUCUUGUAUCAACGAAGCGAAAAAUCGAAUCCUCAAAGCAUGCCCAUACCAAACGGAGGCUAUCAUUUGGUACGAAAAUUGCAUGAUGCGUUAUUCUCGAUUCUCGUUCUUCGGAAAAAUGGAUGUAUCUCCAUGGGUACCAAUAACAGCACCGCAAAACAUUAGUAAAAGUCAAGUAACCCAUUUCGCAAGUAGUAUGCGAAAGAGUAUGACCGAUUUGGCGACCUUGGUAGCCGAUGUUCCGCCUCCAGGGGCCAAGUUUAAGACGACAAUGGUGAACAUUUCAGGGUUUGGGAAUUUGUAUGAAACGGCGCAGUGUGUACCGGAACUUACAGCUAAGGAUUGUCACCUUUGCCUAACGACGGCUAUCGAGAGGGUUGCAAUAAGUGUUAGUGCCCGCGCCUUGUUGCCUAGUUGUAUUGUUUGGUAUCAGACAACGCCUUUCUAUAACUCAUCAGCAAUCACCUACCCGUUUUUUAACUCAACCUCGGGGACACACCCACCACCCACAACUGCAACCGAAAAGAAGAAUAGAUCAUCACAUAUUGUUGCGGCGGUUAGUGUUCCCAUAGUUCUUGCAAUCUUGCUUCUUUCCGGUGCUUGGUUUUGUAUCUAUCGUCAUAAGCGCAGAAAACCAUCCUCAGAUAUGGAAGAUAUUGUUGGAUUAGAGUCACUACAAUUUGACUUCAGGACAAUAAAAGAUGCAACAGGGAAUUUCUCCCUACGUAAUAAACUUGGACAAGGUGGAUUUGGUGUGGUUUACAAGGGAAAGCUUCAAGAUGGGCAAGAAAUAGCAGUGAAAAGGUUGUCAAUAUACUCGGGGCAAGGUACAUCAGAGUUCAAGACAGAGAUUCUUUUAGCUGCAAAGCUCCAACACAAUAAUUUGGUGAAACUUUUAGGAUUUAGCUUACAUGGAGAAGAGAAGUUGCUUGUCUAUGAAUUAUUGCCUAAUUCAAGUCUUGACAAAGUCUUGUUCGGCCAAAACAAGGAUCUAACGUUAGAUUGGAAAACUCGAUACAAGAUCUUACUUGGAACGGCCAGGGGACUCUUAUACCUACAUGAAGAUUCAAGGUUAAAGAUUAUCCAUCGAGAUCUAAAAUCUAGCAAUAUUCUGUUAGAUGAAACUAUGAACCCAAAGAUUACGGAUUUUGGACUGGCGAGACUUGUUGGAAGGGAUCAAAAUCAUGCUGAUACGAGUAAAAUCGCUGGAACAUACGGAUAUAUGGCUCCUGAGUAUGCAUUGACAGGGCGUUUCUCCGUUAUGUCAGAUGCGUAUAGCUUUGGAAUAAUAGCUCUGGAGUUAAUAAGUGGUCAUAUGUGUAGCUCAGUUGCCUUCCCCUAUCAUGAAGAAAGUCUACCUCUACGAGCAUGGAAUCUUUGGAAGGACAAUGCAACUAUAGACUUGAUAGAUCCUAAACUUGAUGGAAACUUCUCGAGCGAUGAAAUGUCAAGAAGCAUUCACAUUGGUUUGCUUUGUAUUCAAGAAGAUUCGAACAAGAGACCAACAAUGGCUACGAUUGUCUCGGCACUCAAUGGUCACCAAGUAGCUCUCUCGGAACCGGAACCACCUUUGAUUGGUCCAUCAACAAACAUUGCGUGCGGUUUCCACCAAAAUUUGGGUUUAUCAUCUUCUAAUGAGUUUCUGUCAAAUACUGAUAAUAUAACAGAAGUUUACCCUCGAUAGAGAAAGAAUCAAAAUCUUCUAUAUAUCCUACAAUUUGUGUACCACGUAUUCUUUUUUGUUGGUUAGGAUUUGUAUAUUCACAGAUUCUUAUUUAUAAUGGUUGUACAAUAAAUAUUGUACACCAUAGUAAAUGUUAACUCAUCAUGCUUAAAAGUUAAUCUUAUAUAAAAGUUAUCUAAUUUUUAGUGAA